GGUGUGGGGGGGGGGGGGGGCCGUAGGUUCUCCGUGGCUGCAGUCAGUAUGGCGGCUGCCAGCACUGCCGCGUCGCCGGCCGACAAGGAGAGAUUCAUCUGCAUUUAUCCAGCAUAUUUGAAUAACAAGAAGACAAUAGCAGAAGGAAGAAGGAUACCUAUAGACAAAGCUGUUGAAAAUCCCACAUCUACGGAAAUCCAAGAUGUAUGUGCAGCAGUUGGAUUCAAUGUCCUAUUAGAGAAAAAUAAGAUGUAUCCUAGAGAGUGGAAUAGAGAUGUUCAGUACAGAGGCAGAGUACGAAUCCAGCUCAAACAAGAUGAUGGAAACCCAUGUUUACCUCAGUUUCCAACACGUAAAUCAGUGAUGCUGUAUGCUGCAGAAACUAUUCCCAAACUGAAAACAAGGACCCAGAAAAUGGGAGGUAGUGACCAAAGCCUUCAGCAAGGAGAAGGAGGCAAGAAAGGUAAAGGGAAGAAAAAGAAAUGAGCUCACAUCUGAGGUAAUUGUUACAUCACAUAGUUGUACUUGGAACAAAUGUGGGUGGACACAUUACUUGCUGCAACUUUGAAGUGAAAAAUAAAAGCAAGAAAUAAAUCAAUGAAACUGAACACAACUGCAUGCUUUUCUUGGAACUGGAAUGCAUGUAGUUGCCUUGUAUCUGUGUAACAAUAAAUCUGUCUUCACACACAA